AUGGAAACAUCGGCAAGUUACCUUCAAGGAAUGAAACGACUACAACAAUGGGUUCUCACCCUUUGGAUUCUUUGGCUCGAUGAUGUUCUCUGUUCUGGCCCCCGAGAGAUAACUUGGUCAAAUAAGAAGUUUGGACCUGAUGGCCCUUGGCAAGCGGUCACUGUGUCCAUGGGAAGUAACUACUCCGAACUUGUUGUGCCUUCAUCAGUAGUGGCGCUGUACCCGGGAGGUAGCUGGGACAGUAAAAUUCUACUCUCUUCCAUAUGUGAUAACAAAACUCUCUCAUCUGUGUGCUAUGGGGAUGAAGCAGGCCUUUUCGACAGCGACAUAUCAGUCACCCUCGACAAUACUUCGAUUGAAUCACCCCCAUAUGGAACAUGGGGUGAGGUGAACUGGGGAUACACCAACGCGGUUCCAAUUCAAGCCAAAGCAACACGAGCAACGGACUGGAUGUCCAUUGACGGUGUUGCAAUUCCUGAUGUUGACUUGAUCACCAUAUCUGCUGGGUGGCAGACUUAUCCAGGUGGAAAAGCAUACCCUUUGGAGGUUGGAACUCUUUCUCUUGGAAGUCCAGAUAUCAACCAGACAUUUGGGGCCUCGAUCAAAAUCAACACAACAUUUAUCACCAGCUACAUAUACGAGCAGGAGGGUUCCACGAACAUACCAUCAUAUUCAUAUGGAAUGCAUAUUGGGUCAGCAUCUCUGGGAAUUUCGGGGUCACUUCUUCUGGGCGGCUAUGAUCAGAAUAGAGUCAUUGGAGAGGUAUCCUCUCAGUCAUUUUCAAGUGGAAGUUUUCCCAUUGAAAUGUACGAUAUGAGUCUCUUGGCUCAGGGAAAUUCCUCCCUAGAUUCCGGUGUCACGAUUGUCGUGGACCCAGUCAAUCCAUACAUAUAUCUGCCUCAAAGCUCAUGCGAUGCGAUAGCCGCAGAGUUGCCCGUCACUUACCAGCCUGAUUAUGGCCUCUACUUUUGGAACACAUCGGACUCGCAGUACAACAAAAUCACAACAUCACCAGCUUAUUUGGCAUUCAAGUUCAGCAAGAAUAACCUCAAUAACGAGGAGAUCACGAUCAAGGUUCCCUUCGCACUCCUGAAUCUCACAUUAGAGGCCCCACUUGUGAAGACGCCGACGCAAUAUUUCCCAUGCAUGGCCACCAACAGCACCCCUGUUCUAGGCCGCGCUUUCCUGCAAGCAGCCUUUGUUGGUGUCAAUUGGCUUGGUGGGAAGUGGUUUUUGGCCCAAGCACCAGGACCCGAUGGCUCUUUCAUUGUCAAUCCCGUGACAAUAAGCGACGACGAAUCUGCAAUUUUGGGGUCUUCUAACAGCUGGGAAGACACAUGGAAGACCUCCUGGAAUGUUUUAGAAACGAAAAUGACCAAUACGGAUACCAAAACAAGCCCCAAAAGCAGCAGCUCAACUAUCGACUCAACUAAUGAUAAAAGUGGUCUCUCCACAACUGCCAAGAUUGGCAUCAUCGUUGGUACUGCUGUGGGCGGCGUGAUGAUGAUUACCCUUUUUUGUGGGUUCUGCAUUCGUUACCGUCGACAGCAGGAGAAAACAAUCGAUCAGGAUCAAGAUCAUGCAGCCAGAAAGUCAUUUUACAAAUGGUCUUCAGCGCAUCAAUCCAGCCUUGUGGAAGCUCCGGAUGAUAAAUGGAACCAACUGAACGAAUUAGACCAUAGCCAGCAAAGAUAUGAGAUGGGCUCGGAACGAGGCCCAUUCUGUGAGAUGGACCGACGGAAGAUUCCUCUUGUCUACUAA